AUGGCACCUCUAGAAAAUAGCCAUCCGGCGACCCAGGCGCUUCACGCCGAUGACCGUUUGAAUCUGGUGACGGACGUUGCGCCUCCCAUUCACCUGUCCACCACCUUCAGAUACUCGCAUGAUCCGAACGAACUAGUCCCAUCUGAAGAUCCAGUGGCUGAAUUCGACGGGACAAACUACGUUUAUGCUCGAGAGUUCGCCCCAAACGCAACUCGAUUCGAAGCUAUCCUCUCAACCUUACUCAAGGGAAAUGCUGUGGCCUAUGCCACGGGUCUGGCUGCUUUGUAUGCCGCCCUCACGCUUCUGAACCCGCGCCGAGUAUCUGUCGGCGAGGGGUAUCACGGCAGCCACGAAGUGAUCUCCGUCGUCUCUCGUCUCUCCGGACUGGAAAAGCUUCCUCUUGACUGUCCUGCCGAGAGCUUGAAUGCGGGUGAUGUCAUUCUACUCGAGACACCAAUCAAUCCCCUCGGAACCGCUUUCAAUAUCGCAGCGUAUGCCGAAAAGGCACACUCUCGAGGUGCUUACCUCAUAGUUGACAGCACCUUUGCUCCUCCCGGCCUGCAAGACCCAUUCCUGUGGGGAGCGGAUCUCGUGAUGCACUCUGGAUCCAAGUAUUUCGGGGGUCACAGCGAUCUACUUUGCGGUGUCCUCGCAACAAAGCGGGACGACUGGACCAAGCAGCUGUUCGAGGACCGAGUAGCUUUGGGCAAUGUGCUGGGGAACUUGGAGGGCUGGCUUGGAACUCGCAGUCUGCGCACAAUGGAGGUUCGCGUUCAACGCGCAAGUGAGAAUUCUGCCAGACUAAUUUCCUGGCUCCACAACGGUUUGAAUGCGUCGAUGCCGGCUGCCGGAUCAGAAGAAGCUACCAUCCAGGCUGUUCUGCAGAAAAUUUAUCACGCCAGUCUCCAGUUUGAGCCGUGGUUGAAGUUGCAGAUGCCCAAUGGGUUCGGCCCCGUCUUUGCGAUCAUCUUGACCAGCGAAGACUUUGCUCGAGCGUUGCCCAGUAAGCUGCACUUAUUCCAACAUGCGACGAGUCUAGGCGGCGUCGAGUCUUUGAUUGAAUGGCGCGCAAUGUCCGAUUCAAAGGUAGACCGAAAAUUGUUAAGGAUCAGUGUCGGACUGGAGAACUGGGAGGAUCUCAAAAACGAUCUACUCCAGGCAUUUGUGGCCCUCGCAGGAGCGCGAUGA